AUGCCCUGCUUCAAAGGACUCGCCGUGAGCAUCCACACCCCCGACGGGCCGAUCUCCGAAUACUCGAUUCAACGCCAUUCGCGAGCUUCACGGAUAGGUUGUUUUAUCCCAGUCCCUCCGCCUAAAGUUCCUGAAUCCGGCUCAGAGAAACCGGAACAAUCGACCUUCGCCAUAUCCAUCACCCUCCUCAAUCCCGAGCAAGAUGUUCCAUACUCCACACCGAAACCGACCGCGGACUGUCCCGAGCCGAAACCAAAACAAGUCGGUAAGCUGGCUGGUGAGUCAGGUCAAAUCGCCGGCGCAGUUGCACCCUACCAAGGCCUGACGAAGUCUGCGAACGAGACUGUGGCUGCAUACAUCUACUUCGAUGGACGGCAAAAAGAGGAGGUGGCCACCCUGCUACGAAGAGGAGAGGAGACCUGGGUCAACUCGCGGUGGGCGGGGGGGAUCGCAGAGCGCGAGUUCCUGUUUCGUGAAGUCGGGCUGGAGCGCUGGCUCAACGGAUUGGACCUCGAGGGCAAGGAUGCCGCCGCCAAGAUCGAACGGAGGCGCCAGAAGAUGGAAAAGCGACGCAUCAAGCGUGAAGAGGAACAGACCGCUAUGGAGAUGGAAGACAACCACCCCGCCAGGUCGAAAUCCAUUAUGCGCUACGGCAACGACGAAAAGUCUCCCCUCGAGGAUGUUUCCGACGAUGACCUCUCCUCUGACUCGGAUGACGAUGACCCCAUUCCUGAAACAGCCGGCCAAAUCAAGGUCUCUUUGUUCCGGGUGUUGGCAUCGGGAGAAAUCAAGAGGGGCGAGUACUCGCCCCAGUUUGACGCACACGAGGACGAAGAAGGUGGUCAGGACAACAGUGGCGGGGGAGAUGCUGAUGUUGAUCAUACCACGAGCUUUGCGAAACCCAAAACACUCGAUCCGAAGAGUAUCAGCACGCAGACUGUUACUGGGAUUGACCCGAGUGAUAAGCCGUACGCUACUUUCACUUUUAUGUACCGCGGUGGGCGCCAAUUGCAAAAGAUGGGCAUCCUGAAAGACACCAAAGCACAAGAAACACCGGGUCACGCAAAGCGCAAAUCGAUUCAUGAUGAUCUUGCGAACCUUGGGCCAAUAAAGCCGGGUGGAGCUGCUGGAUUCCUCAACUUCCGGGACAACGAGCCCAAGGCACGAAAGGGUAAAAAGAACGACGACGAUAUGGACAGUGACGAUGACGACACCGACAACCCUAUUCUUGGAAAGGCCGACGACGAAGAAGCCACCGAUAAGAAUGAUGAUCAGUUCUUAUCCCCUGAUGAUAUCCAACGCCAGGGAGAACUGGCGGAGAGCAUGCGGAAAAUUCGACUCAAGCGUCAACACUCUGCUGAACCCCCCGCAGGCAGUGCUGCAGACUCUGCCGACACCCCAGCUUCUGGUUCCGGAUCGACCCCUCCGGCUACUGAACGCUCAGCCACGCCACCAAAGGGGUCUUCGAGUGCGCCUGGGCCCGAGCCAAGCCAGCCAGCUUCCGAACUAUCGGACGGACUGUUCGGUAGCCCCCUAAAGAAGCAGCGAGCGAGUGUCUCCACCGCGGACGAGAACGCCCUGAGACGUCGGAUCGCCGAGUCCUCCGGUAGGAUCAACGAAGUUCUUGGCUCUUCUGCCCCGACCGAAUCCACCAGCCAUACGAGCACAUUUGGCAAUAACCUCAACCUCACCCCUGAGUUAUCCGCGGGCCCACCAUCGGCCGAGGAAGAGUUGUAG